GGAUUUCCUCGGUUUUAAGACACGACACUCACACAAUGUGCGGCGAUGAGUUGUCGUCGUCGUCGUCAAAGUUGAUUGCGAUCGUGUCAGUGUCCUCCAUCCAGCCGGAGCAGCAGGAGAAGCGCAGUUGCCUCUGAUCUCUUUGACAUUUGGCGGCAGUGGCCUCCCUCCUCCUACCCUCCCUCCCUCCUCCUCCCCCCCAACCCCGUGAGUUUUCAAAAUCAAUAAGUCGUCGACAACGAAUAAUCAACCGUACGAACGAGGAUAGAGGGUGGAAGAUUGUGAGCUGCUGGUCCCGGGAUUUUUAUUUUUUCGAAGAAAAGAACGACGUGAACCUACAGAAGGAAAACCGGAAAUUCAUUCAUCAAAGAAACAAAUCAAAUUCAUCUGAAGAGAAAAUCAUUUGUUGGCGAUCGACCGGUCCAGCUGUUCCAACUCAUCCGUGGUGCUAAACCACCUCUAUGCUGCUCACGGAAUCAUCUCUGCAGCCAAUUGGGCUCGACUACAAGACGAAGCUCAUCAACAUGGGUUGCGUCUCGAGCAAGGCCGAACACGACGCGGUGGCGGGUUUCGCCACCAACGCCAACCUUUUCCAGGUGAUGAACGUGGACGAUACGGGUCGGCGUUUGUGUCCUGGCCAACUGGAAGUUGGCGAGUCCGACCUGAUAUUAUAUCAGCGGGGUAAGACGCCGGUCCGCUGGCCGUUGAGAUCCCUCCGGCGCUACGGUUUCGACGCCCAGCUCUUUAGCUUCGAGUGCGGCCGACGCUGUCCAACCGGACCGGGCAUUUACGCCUUCCACUGCCGCAACGCGGAGAUACUCUUCAAUCACGUCCAGGCUCGAGUGGCCGCCCGUCACGAGGAGCAGGAGCAGCUGGCCGGAGUCUUGGCUGGAGCCAACAGCAACCACUCGCGGUCGCGCAUCCGCCACUCGAUGCCUCCCAGAAGCGCCUCCUCUUUACUUUUCCCCAACAGCCACGCCGGCGGCGGCGGCGGCAACGGCCUGGCCGUCGAUCGAGAAGAUGCCGCCGAGGCUGAAGAGAAUUCCUACCUGGAACCCAUCCGACUGGCCGGUCAGCAGCAGCAGCCGGGUCCGGCCGUCUGGUCGCCCAAUUCCAGGCCACUUAGUUCUUCCUCGCUCAUUUCUAGUAGCUCGUCGCCCAUCAGUCCGUCGGCGGCCGGCAACCUCUACGCCAACAACGAAGCUCUCCUGGCCGCUGCUGCUGCCGCCGCCAAUAAUGACACGGGAUUACUCCAUCAUCACCUGGAUCCUUCGAUGAUGAUGACGACCGGUCCCGUGACCAUGGAGACGGUCCUGGUCCCUCCUCCCGUGGCCUACGCCAAUUUGCAUCACGAAUUGAACAACAGCAACGCCGUCAAGGACCCGCGGCUCCUGAUGGCCGAUCAGGACGACCUGUCGGCCGACGAAGCCGACAACCAGCAGCAUCUCUACAUCAACGUCGGCCCGGAUGCCAUCGAGGCCAAGCCGAGAUCGUUGGAUUCCAAUCACAUGGCGCUGCCGUCGCUGAAGCAAGUCAACUACGUGCUCCUGGACCUGGACAAAGGAUCGGAUUCGACGACGACGGCCUCGGUGACGACGACGACGGGCGGAGGAUUGCAGGCCAACUCGCCCGAAGGAUCGUUAGCCUCGUUCCCGGAAUCGCCGCACCGGACUAUGAAUAGCCUGGCCAGUGUGACGGCGUCGGCGAUGGCCAGCACGACGGCCGUCGCCGAUCUGUCGUCGGCCCAGCAGUCUCAGGCCGUUAUCAGCGCCGAAGGCUACGCCACCAUUGAUUUCGAUCGGACGGCCGCCCUGUCCAACGCUGCCGGCCUCGGCGUGGCCUUCUCCAAUCUGGCCGGCUGCGAGGAAGAGGAGCCCGGAUUGCGGAAGACUCGCCACAAUUCCACCAUGGUGGGCGGGAGCAGCAGCAGCGGCAGCAGUCACGCCGUUCGUCUCCUGGGUCUCAAUCGCCAGACGUCGUCCGUCAGUGAGUGAUCAAUGGACGGACACGCCCUACUCUCUCCCCAUUCGAUUUAAACAAAAACAAAAACCAAACCCAAAAAUUAAUUAUUAUAAAUAUAAAACGCUCAAUUCUGUGCGAGGAUCCUUGCAAAGACGAAACGAUCAAGUGCGCGUGACAAAAAUUAAAACACCAAACCAAAAGGCGAGUCGAUGCAGGUUCGAGGCUCAAUUUAGGACCGUGGAGAAUGAGUUUGAAAAGAUAUUGUUUUCUGUAAGCCCAAAAAGAAGAAGAAGAAGAAUGUAGGUUGAUGGUUUUGAACGUGAUCAACUUUCAUUUCUUCAAAACAUACACACACACACACAUAUAUACUGACGAUGGCUGCAUACUAGCAGAUUAUAUACUACACACACACACAUCGCCGGCAGUAUUUCUAUGAUACAUCUUAAUUCGUGUCUUGUGUAACACACACUGUACAUACAUACCACACACGCCAAUGAUCUUAUUAUAUACCUACAGGGGCAUUCAUUUUGAUUGGUUAUAUCCUACACCACAGUAUAUUCCGACAAAACAAAUUGCCAAAACGAAAUAUCGAUUUAGAAUAAAUACACUUGUUACAAAUUUC